AUGGGGCUCCUGUGGAUGGUGGGACUCUGGACAUUCCUCCAAUGUGGAUACGCUGAGGCUCCUCCCAAGGGGCCCCGAGACAUGACCAUGAGAGACUGCUCUGCAAAUCCUCCGUAUAUUCCACCCACUGUAAAGGUUUCCACAGAAGAUUUGAUCCAAGCUCCGCCAGGAAAUGAGAAACCACAACAUCAGUGCUUACAUCAUCCCGCCAACUGACCCCCACCUGGGGGAGUACACUGCAAACCGGGAAAAGCGAAGACAAUGGCUGACUGGAUUCACUGGAUCUUCAGGCACAGCUGCGGUGACUUUGACCAGAGCAGCCGUAUUCACCGACAGCCGGUACUGGACCCAGGCUGAGCGCCAGAUGGACUGCAACUGGGAGCUGCAACAGACGUUGUCAGCUCCGGCCGUCGUGUCCUGGAUCCUGGAAGAGGUGAAGAUUGGAGAAGUAGUUGGCUUUGAUCCUUUUCUCUUAUCGAUCAGUGAAUGGGAAUCGUACAACCAUGAAUUUGAAGAUUCUGGAAGAACUCUGCAAUCAGUAACCACCAAUCUGGUGGAUGUUGUGUGGGGGAACCAGCGCCCCCCUCUGCCCGAAAGUGAAAUAUAUUCAGUACCUGAUGACUUUGUG